UAUUCUACUGCUACUCAUGCGAGUCACUCGAUCCUUUGAUGAAAUAUGUUUUUGCCAGCUACUUCAACUAAUUAGAUCGUUUGAAUUUUUCAUUCAUUGUUUCCAUAUAGGUGUGUUAUCUAGAUUAUCUCUCCCAUUUUCUAUUCCUUUGUGUAAUUAUUCAUUAUUAGAGGAGUGGGGUUGCUAUGUGGACAAUUGAUAUAUUACAACAAUCAUGUUUAUAUGAAUGCUUGAAACGUAAACUUCCAAACACAGCUAUCGAUUCGUUGCUAGUGAAAAUGAUACCAUAAUGUUGAAAUUUAUAACGAAUACAGUCAAGUCAAAAUGCGUGAAAGAAAAUCAUUGUACGGUUUGCCACGUAGGUGGGAUGUUGAGAUUCACAUUCAUAUUCAUACCUAUACGAAAACAGUGCCAACAUUUGGAUAAGAAUUACAAAGGAAAACCAUGUUUCGAAAUAGCUUAUCGGUGGCUUUGGAUUUCAUAUAUAUUAGCCUCCCUUCUUGUGGCAGCUUGUUAUAUUCAGUUCCAAGAAGCCGAGGAAAAAUUGAAGAGCUCAGAGGAUCUGACGUCCAAAAUUGAUGGCUUAAUCGCUUUGGAGGAAUUGUGCUACUUUUCAUUCUUCCUUUUUAUGUACCUGGCAGCGUUGUUAAUGUUUCGUACUAGACUGGCCUUCCUAAAUUCAGUUGUCAAUUUGAUGGAAAAUCAAUAUUACAUCGAAAUGUUCGGAUCGCCUUGGGAUCCUGUACCUAAUACGAAAUUCGGUAGGAAGAGAACUGUAUCGACUAUUGGUUUCGUAGUGGUAGAACUUUUUUUAGCUACUAUUUACCAACAGAGCAAACUGAUCUUCAUCAACGUAUGUUUCAUUUCAACUGUUCUCUUGCUCACUCUUCUAGGAGUUCAGAUCUUGCGGGAAAUAGGUAAAGUGAUGGAAUUCAAAACUAAAAUCGACACUUUCUUAAUGAAUCGUUUAAAGAAAAUUGAUGAGAAAAAUGAGAUCUGCGCAUUUAAUAUGGAGGAUAAAGCAAGACGAAUUGAGCUCUUGGAGCAACUUGAAGCUACCGAGUUGUACUAUUCAGAAUGUUACACUUGCGUAGAUGAACAUUUGAAUGCUUUCUUGGGUCCGAUUAUAAUUCUAUGGUGUAUGUCAUCACUUAUUAUGCUCGUUUUGGAUUUUUAUAUGCUGGUUCUGUUGAUUGAAAAAGGAUUAUGGUACAAAAAUUUGGUGGAUGAAUUUCGCACGUAUGCACAUGUUUUGAUUGUAAUCUUCAUGAUGAGAAAAGGAACUUUAAUAGCAAGUAUAAGUGAUGAUACCUUGUCGUUUCUGUUCAAAUAUCCCAUUAGUAAAUUAAGUGAAACCGAAGCAUACCAGGUUGAAAUGCUAAUAUAUACUCUGUCAACACAUAAGCCAACUAUCAAAGCAUCUGAUAUUUUUACCGUUGGAACAAAACUCCUGGCGUCAAUAUCUGGUACAGUGGUAACAUAUGUUCUGGUGGCUUUACAAUUCAGACCUGCUUGGAGAGAAUAACCCAUAAAACCAAAAUCGAUUGUUCAAGUGAUCUUUUUGGAAAUAGCCAUGCUUCGAACUUCUAACAAUACAGUCAAACCCAGUAUAGAUUCACAACCAAAAAUAUGUCUGUGCAAGGCAUCGAGGAUGCUCUUCGUUUUCACCAGGUUUUGCGGCUUAUGUCCCCUCAGCUCUAGUCAUGAAAAAGGAAGAUGUACUUAUGGGAGGUCACUAUUUAGUAUAGCCUGGUCGAUAAUUAUAGUAGUACUCUUGAUAUUACAUCUGGUAUUUUUCGCCGAAUUUAGCGUAUUGUCAACGAAAAAUGUUUUGCCUGUCAUUCUCAACGGUAUAACAGAUUUAACCUAUUAUUGUUACACAAUAACUGUGAUAUUAUUGAAUUGCUUGAAAGCCUCUAAAUGGGCUAGAGUUUACAACAGUUUGAGUAAAAUAACUAGAUUUGGAGUUCUAUGUGAGUCAGCAGUAUCUGUCAUAAAAAAUCUCAACACAACAUUUCUCGCUUCUUUCGUCUUUUUACUGUUAUUAGAUAUAGGUUUACUGUCUUAUCUACAUUUCUCGGUAUCUUAUGAAACAAAAUUCAAAUUAUCAUUCAUUUUCGGAAAGCUCAUACAGAAUGCUGUCCUUAUCUUCUACGUCGUCGUUCUUUCGAAUGUAGCAAUCCUAAUUGGAUCCUUCACCUGUUUCGAAAAAUUGAGUUUAAACGCCUUGAAAUACAACGAAAUAUAUCCAAUGAAAAAAAUUACUGGUUCUGAUAAUACUCAGGAUAUAUUCGUGUUCUUUUCAUAUAAAGUGUGCAAGAGUGAUCAUAAUGUGAUACCGCCCGAACUGGCCAAACUUUCAACAGCCGAAAUUAUAGAAUAUUUGAGGAUUCUGCAUGAAGAAAUAAGCGAAAUAAUGUAUAACAUAAAUGAUGCUUUCAAUCCUAUAUUUCUUAUACAUGUUGUUAUCGAGAUUAUUUUAUUGGUUAUUAAUUGGUAUUCAGUAAUAAUAGGCUUAGCAUAUACUUUCAAUUCUCCCGAUAGUGAUACUAUAUUUGCCUUGAAUGUUGAAUUUACGAUACUACACUCCGUUGGUCUCUUCAUCUUCUUGAGGAAUACCCAGAAGCUUUCAAACUUGAUACAUGGAUAUACUUCCUUCUUGAUGGAAUACUCAACGAGAGUGUCAACUCCUCCUGAUCAUUUGCAACUGAGAAUAUUCAUCGAAAAAAUUAAGCAGCACAAGUCGUUUACAGCAAAUGGCAUAUUCAACAUAAAUUUGGGUAUCGCAGGGCCGAUAUUUGCCAAUAUAUUGACUUAUGUGUUGGUAGCGCUACAGUUCCAGAUCCCACAAGGCCAAGAAUAAAUUAAUAUAAAUAACAGCUGCUGUUAAUUUGAUAGUAUAUUUUCUAUAGAUUAUUUCUCAAAGAUGAUGUUUCAAAAAGGUUAGGUUAUCAAUCAUUAGGAAGAGUCUGAAAUUUUAAAGUUAAAAUAAGAUAGAUGGAACGCUCUAAAGAGAACCACCUUUGAAAUUUGGCAACAAUAACAAUGAUGUACCUAACUUAUCCAUUACCAUAUACCCAGUCAUUCUGAAAACAAUUAAUAUUAUGGAGAAUAUGUAACAAUAAUGAGAUAAUUUUCGUAUAGAUAGAAUAGGCUCUUAUAUUAUUAUAUAUAUUAUUAUUA